CUGUUUCGCACGAUCUUGAGUUGCUUAAUCUUGUCUUUGGUAGCGGUCAUCCUCAGAAGUGUCGGGAGAUGGAAGAGGCGUUGCUUUCAGCUAGAUGACUGGAUGAUGCUGCUGUUCAUACCAUGCGCGGCGUUUGCUCUCUUGUCAGUCUCUGAAGGGCUCGGUGUCAGAGAUUACAGGUUGGACCCGGAUCAAAUCAUCACAGCGACAAUGCACUUCAGCUUUUUCGAUCUUCUCUACAUUUUCACACUUGGAGUUUUAAAAGGCAGCCUUUGCUUGACGCUGCUCAGAUUCGCCACUGCAAAACAGAUGCGACAAGCCAUCUACAUCAUGAUCGGGUUCAACACGUUCAUGACUGCAGCUUGUCUUGUGGGACUGAUGACAGUCUGUCGGCCAUAUCGCACUAAUUGGCGACACUUUUACAACUUCCCAGAGUACCCGAAGGAAGGGUCUUGCUUCAGUGGUACAGUCCUUCGGAGCUUGGUCUACGUUUUGACCGCGGUCAUCUUCAUCUCCGACUUGAUCUGUGUCAUCAUCCCAGCCAUGAUCUUCUGGAACACCCGAAUGCAACGAAAGAAGAAGAUUAUGGCAUGGAUGUUGCUGAGCUUGGGCCUACUGGCAUCGAUUGCUACACUUUGUCGACUCCCUUUCACGCCGUACUGGAACGCGAAUCAUGACCGUGUUUGGGGUCUAGGUAUGGCAACUCUUUGCUGUUGCAUUGAGAUUGCGCUUGGCAUAUUCGCCGGCUGCGCACCCGCAAUCAAGCCGCUUGUCAUCGCU